UUAGAUAUUUUUGACUAUAUACACUUACAAGAAACUUUUUUCUGGUAAACAAUAGGACAUAACCAAACUUAACAGACAUCUCUAAUUAGCCACAUUUUUUUCACAAGAAAACAGAAAAAGGUGAAAUUUUGGUGGGUUUUCUUAAGGGAUUGUUUGGGUGAUCUUAGAAGGGAAAGUUUUAAUGGGGGAAGUUGUGGUAAGUAGUGAAGAAGUAAUUGAAAUUAUGGAUAUUGAAAAAGAAAUUGCUGAGAAAAAAGAAGGUUCUAGUUCUUUACUAAAAAGAGAAAGUUUUUUACCAAGAAUUGGUAUGAGGAUUUUGUUGGUUGAAGCUGAUGAUUCUACAAGGCAAAUUAUUGGUGCCCUUCUUAGAAAAUGCAGUUAUAAAGUUGCAUCCGUUGCUGAUGGUCUGAAGGCAUGGGAGUUAUUGAAGACGAGACCUUAUAACAUAGAUCUCAUAUUGACAGAAACCGAGUUGCCAUCAAUUUCGGGAUAUGCUCUAUUGACCUUGAUCAUGGAACACGAGAUCUGCAAGAACACCCCGGUUAUAAUGAUGUCUUCGCACGACACAGUAAGCAUGGUCUAUAAAUGCAUGAUGAGAGGAGCAGCAGACUUUUUGAUUAAGCCUGUCAGGAUAAAUGAGCUGAAGAAUUUGUGGCAGCAUGUCUGGAGAAGGAAAUCUCAGUUGAGCAUAGAAGUUAAGCCACAGAAUGCAAGUGUGGCACAGGAAAAGCUCGAAGCCACUGCAGAAAACAAUGCGGAAAGUAAUCAUUCAAGCAGUUCGAAAACUCGUGUUCAAGGACAAGAUCAAAGUAGAAAAGGAAGUGAUGCACAGAGCUCCUGUGGAAAGCUAGAUUUGGAAGCCGAGAGCGCUGACAUGGUUGAAGUAGUAGAUUAUUCACAACCGAAGCAAGGAGUUUCUCCUUCUUCGGAAUUGAUGAUACAAGAACAAGGCAAUUUUGGCAACUCGAGUCAAAAUUUACUUACACCCGAGAGUGCUGUUGCAGGAUCGGAUACUGCUGCGUGCAAUAGUAAUAAUCCGUAUAAUCAAGAUCAAAAGGAAGAACAAGAAUGUCAUGAGGAGAAUGAGAAUCAUCGAUAUGUAGAAGCAAAUGAAAGCAGGGAUGCUCGAACGAGCUCGUUUAGAGAAGCCAUCGACUUGAUAGGCGCUCUAGAUAACCACUCAAGACAUAAUACAUGCUCAAAUGAUGAAGUAAAAAGAUCAGAACCCUCACAACAACUUGAUCUUACAUUAAGGAGAUUUCUUCCCGGUGUACUCGAUAAUAAGACUAUCAAUGAAAAUCAAACACUAAAUCAUUCCAAUGCAUCAGCUUUUACGCGGUAUAUAAACAAGGCAUUGCAUAAUCCGAAUUCUGGUCCUAGCGACAAAUAUGUACAUUUGAGUGAUCAUUUGUCUGAUAACGUGCCUUCGUAUGAUAAAAGGGUGAUAACCCACCAAACGGAGCUGUCGAAAGAAGUUGAGAACGAAUACAGAAAUGCUUCACAAAAGCUAUUUCCGAUCCCACUUCCAGUAAGAGGGGUAAGAGUAGACGUGUGUCCUGUAAGGUGCACACGAUCUCCUUCACCAAGCCCGAGUUCUGCCAACCGGCAAAUGAAUUCUUACCAUCAAUUCAGCAUCGAUGCGAUGAAUAGAAGACAACAUUACAACCCUUUUGAACCAAGUACAAGAUUUUCCACUAAUCAACCGGUGAGCAUACAGGAUCAUAAUCUCGAAUCAUUAGAAGAGCGGAAUCAUUUUUCUUGUGCUGCUGAUCAGAGUGCUAGUAGCUCGUUACACAACGACACAGCAGGGAACGAUCCAAGUCAAGUUACUCAUGAACUGAAUCGACAAAGGUCUUUACAAAGGGAAGCUGCCCUUAAUAAGUUUCGCCUUAAGAGAAAGGAAAGAUGUUAUGACAAGAAGGUUCGGUAUGAGAGUAGGAAAAAGCUCGCAGAGCAACGACCUCGUGUAAAAGGACAAUUUGUCCGGCAAGUGCCACCAGAUCCACCACCACAGAAUUCCGACCAUUUUGGUGGAAAUGCUACUGUCACUUAACAAGGAAUGACAUUAUAUUAUUUGGUUUUUUAUGUAUAGUACAUAAAUAAAAGUAUUUCUAUAGGGACUAGUAUGAGAUUUUGUAUCUAUUUUAUAUGUACAUUAGUACAUGUAAUACCAUACUGGUUUCAAUCCGGAUUUUUUCAGGGAUCAUGGUGGUGAGACUUGAGACUUAAUUGAGAGUACACUAUACAUGUUUAUGAAACAUAAUUAUACUUCUAUGAAA